CCCCCAAUCACGGCCAGUUGUGAUACAGCCUGGAAUUGAACCAGGGUCUGUAUUGAUGCCUCUAGCACAGAGAUGCAGUGCCUUAGACCGCUCCACCACUCUUUAAUGAGUAGGUGUCGGAGGAUGGGAAUAAAUAAGAAAUUAUGAAUAUAUAAUAAUGUAGUACAAUACCUCUUCAUUAAGGGUCUGUUAUUCUUGGUACAUUGGUCUCUAUUUCAUAAUCAUUCAAGCUCGGCCUUUUCGUUAUCUGACACAACUGUAGGGCAGUAUGAUUCACUUUCAUGUAUGCCCAGUAGGUGGUAGUAAAAUAGGAAAGUGUUUUCAAACUCGGUGGUAGUUUGGUCUUUUUGAGUUUCCGUAUAUGCAACCACAAUAAUAUUCCACAAUCCUCCUAUACUCCUGUUAAGCAUCCAUGUAACCAACUACCGAAAGAUUGUCACCAUGCCACUGACAAAUUAUGAAAAGCAAAGGAGAAGGAGUAUUAUGAAGAGGUCACGGGUCUGUUCAUCAUCUACUGAACAUGGAUCCAAUGGAUAAAUAUGGGACAUAUGAAAGCAGUGGUCAACCAGAAGAGGAUCACUCACUACAUUGGAGUGAGGUUAAAGAGGAGGCUGAAGAAUGUCCGAUUUCAGCUGUCUCGUUAGGAGUUGAAACAUCCCAGGUUUGUCCAAAGGAGGACCCUGAUGAACAAGAUCCCUCCUUUGACACAGUUUCAGACAUAUAUGGAGUUACAGAGCAAGAGCAUGGACAUAAAGGCAUGACAUAUCUCAAAGUAAAGGUGCCGCCUUCUCCAGUCCCAGUCAAAGAGGAGUCUGAAGAAUGCUCCCAUCAGCCAGUAGAUGAAGAGGAAGUUGCCUUAAUUACAGUGAAGAAAGAAGAGAAUGAAGACUGGUUGAAGUCAGAAGAUGAGGAUGUUGUGAAAGUGUCAGUGCCUUGGGAGCUGUUGGAAACAUCACCAUCAUCAUCAUGCUCAGAUGCAGAGGACAGUGAGAUGGAAAGUGAUAAUGUGAAAGACUGUGAAAACCAUGAGAGUGACAUUUCACGAGGUUUAAUGAUUGAAGAUUGUAGCAGGAUUGAUCCAGGGAUGACGCCAGAUACAGAUAUGAAAGCUAAUGCUGUCGAUUUCAGUGAAUCUAAAGGGGGGUCCUCCUUCUACCCAUGCCCCCAUUGUACACUUGGUUUCACCAUAGAACGUUUUUUCCAUGGGCACCUGAAGAGGGACCACCCUAAAGAUUACAUCGCAAUGCUGAAGACUGGGAAAAUCAAAGCCUAUAAAAGAGGGAGUUUACGGGUGACCCCAGCCACAUGCCCGCAAUGUGGCAAGAGCUUCACCAAUAAAUACGUUAUGCAAACGCAUCAGAGGACUCAUGCAGGGAAGAAAUCUCAUCACUGUGCAGACUGUGGGAAGAGCUUUGUCUAUGCUGAUGCACUUAAAAGACACAGAUGGACUCACGCUGGGGAGAGCAUAUAAAUGCUCGAGUGGGGAAAAGAUUCAAUCAGGACGGAACUUAAAACGUCACCAACUAUUCUGUAGAAGUACAAAUAUGAUCUUUAGUGUGUAUGUGUCAGAGAAUGGCAAUAAAUAACGUUCUGAAUAUAUAACUAGAUGGUAAUUGUACAUGGAGUACAAAUUAUGGGACUUGCUUUCACUCUUUAAAAUUACUUUUUGUGGUAGGUAUUUAAAAAGUUUUACUUUAGUAUUUAAAGCAAAGCAGUUUAAAGUAUGUAUGGUUUAUAAAAACAUUAUAGUAGUGAUACUGUCUGCAGUAGUAAUGGUGGUGACUAGUUAUAGUUGAAAAAGUAGGUAGAUGAAAAGUUUGAAUAGCCUGAACAUAUUCAAGUCCGUUUGUUGUAUCAAGCUUGAACGGUUUAAGAGUUACUGUUGGUGUUGUUUUUAAUGGAAAUGUAUAUAGUGAUAGAUGAUUCAGAAAAAAAAAUAAGAAUUUGAAGUUAGGACAUCGUGAACAUGUGAAAGUUGGUUUGGUGGCUUCAGCUCGAAUGGUUCAAGAAAGAAUGUUACUGAGUUAUUUUACGCAAAUGUAUAUAGUUCUAGUUGAUACAAAUUCUAAAUAAUUUGAAGUUAGGAUAGUCUGAACAUGUGAAAGUUGGUUUGGUGUAUGUAGCUGGAAUGAUUUAAGAGUUACUGUUGGUGGGUUAUAUUAUGCAAAUGUAUAUAGUUAUAAUUUAUAGCGCAGAUCAGAGCUAGACCAGAUCUAGUGCAAUGCAGAGCUAGCUAGCUAUGCCCAGGACCAGAGCUGAACCAGAGCUAGUGCAGACCAGAGCAGUUGUUGUGGUCACAGUAGUGCUCAGUAGUUUUGUGCACAGUAGUUGUGGUUCAAUAGUUGUGGUCAGUAGUUGUGUAGUUCUGGUCUAAUUAUGGUGGUUAGUAUUUAUGGUUAAUAGUUGUGUGGUUAAUAGUUGUGUGUUCAGAAGUUGUGUGGUUGUGGUCAGUAGUUGUGUUGUUGUGGUCACUAGAUAUGGUAAGCAGUUGUGUGGUUGUGGUCAGAAGUUGUGUGGUUGUGGUAAAUAAUUGUGGUCAGUAGUUGUCAGUAUAUAUGGUCAAUAGUUAUGGCUAGGUGCUUGUGGUCAGUAAUUGUGGUGGUCAGUAGUUAUGGUGAUUUAGAUGUGUGGUCAGUAGUUGAGUGGUCAGUAGUUGUGUGGUCUUGGUCCGUAGUUGUGUGGUUGUGGUCACUAGAUGUGGCCAGCAGUUCUGUGGUUGUGGUCAGAUAUUGUGUGGUUGUGGUCAGUAGUUGUGUGGUCUGUAGUUAUAAGGUCAAACAUUGAGUGGUUCUGGUCAGAAAUUAUGUGGUAGUGGGCAGUAGUUGAGUGGUCAAAAGUUGUGGCAUUGUGGUCAGUAGUUGAGUGAUCAAAGGUCCUCAAAUGUGGUCAGUAGUUAUGUGGUCAAAAGGUGUGUGCUUGUGGUCAGGAGUUUUGUGGUUGUGGUCAGAAGUUGUGUGGUUGGUCAGAAGUUGUGUGGUUGUGGUUAGGAGUUGUGUGGUUGUGGUUGUGGUCAGUAGGUUUAUGGUUGUGGUCAGUAGUUGUGUGGUCAGAAGUUGUGUGGUUGUGGUCAGUAGUUGAGAUCAGUUGAGUAGUCAGUAAUUGUGAUCAGUAGUUGUGGAUAGGUGCUUGUGGUCAGUAAUUGUGGUGGUCGGUAGUUAUGUUGAUUUAGAUGUGUGAUCAGUAGUUGUUUGUUCAGAACACUUGUGUGGUUGUGUACAGUAGUUGUGUGUUUGUGGUCAGAAUUUGUGUGGUUAUGGUCAGUGGUUGUUUGGCAUUGUUCCCCAAAUGUGGUCAGAAGUUGUGUGGCUGUGGUCAGUAGUUGUGUGGUCAAAAGGUUUGUGCUUGUAGUCAGUUUUGUGCUUGUGGUCCGAAGUUUUGUGGUAAGUAGUUGUGUGGCUGUGGUCACUCGAUGUGGUCAGCAGUUGUGUGGUUGUGGUCAGAAGUUGUGUGGUCAGUAGUUAUGUUGUCAAAAGUUGUGUGUUUGUCAGUAGUUUUGUAGGUGUGGUUUUGGUUGUGCGGUGUGGUUUUGGUCUGUAUUUUUGUGCUUGUGGUGAGAGGUUUUGUGGUUGUGGUCAGAAGGUCUGGAGUUGUGGUCAGUAGUUGUGAUGUGGUCAUGGUUUUAAUCAAUUUUGUAAAACCUGCCUUGGCAUGCUCCUAUUCACACCAUGUUGGCCAUGGUGCUGUUGGUGAUUGUUGUUUUGGCUGCAGUGAACAUCUAUAGAUCUGGGAAUAGUAAGUGCUGUCCUCCUUCAACUUUAGAAAGUGUCUUUCUCCUACAAAAUAAAUUAAUCAAAUAAAUAUGUUUUGAACAUACUCUUUUUCAUGUGUUACCCUGACAAAAUCAUCACUGUUACAAAGCUACUCCCUCCCUCUCUCUCUCUUCUCUCCUGUCAGAUAUCAGACCUGUGGAAGGAGAGAUGUCGGAGCUAGUGAUAAAUCAAGAUAUAUAUCAAAUAAUUAUGUAAGUUUGCUUUAAUGUCAACCAAAAUACUUCUACAGUAAAUGAAUUGUAGCAAUAGCAUACAGUAAGCUAGAGAACAGAUUAAUAAAAUACAAGAAGCAUAACACAAUUUCUUCUGUUGUGGCUGCAAAAUCAUGAAAAACCAUUCAAAUUAAUUGUCAUCAUUUGAGCACAUAUACAGUAAAUAGAAAUCACGUGUAAUUAGCUAACAUUACAAAACAAAUCAAUUACUGAAUUAAAAGUACAGGAAAAAGCAAUGUGACUCCAAACAUGUUGUACAUAAACAUACAUCUUCAGGUAAGAUGUGUAUCUUUAUAACAGAACUGAAGAGCUAUAAACAUUUGAAUAUAAUUUCGGUAAGGUGUCUUCCAUAGACCUGACAUACUGGAGAUGAUAUGGAUCACCAGGCAGACUGCACCCUGAGGGGGGUAAAAUUAUUAAAAUGACACACAUUGUCAUGUUCCAUUAAUUUUGUACAUUUAAAUGAGGAAUAAAUAAAAAUGCAGAGACAUGUUGAUUUACCUGUUUCUUGUGUCCCUUAUAGUUAUUUCCUGUUUGUGUCUGCAAAGACAUGAAUAGUGUGUUCAAUUUCACUUAAAUAAGUCCAUACUAUCGUUCAAAAGUUUGGGGUCACUUAGAAAUGUCCUUGUUUUUGAAAGAAAACCUUUUUUUUGUCCAUUAAAAUAACAUAAAA